UUUGUACUUAGCUUCAAAGCCCCCCAUCGACACGUCAUGUUAGGCAAAAGAUUCUCCUAUUUUUGGCAUUACCCAAUAUUUUAUUCUUGUCCCUGUUGAGGUUUUACCAGGCAAAACUAUACCAACUUUGCAACUCUCCCCUAUAUAACUCUGGUCCCCUGCCCUCAAACGUGGGAAAACCCAAAUUCAGUACAACAAAUACAUAUAAAAUAAAAUGGAGUUUGAGAGUUUUGAGGUUAUUAGCUUUUCUCCAACCUACAUUCAUGAGUUUCAAGAACAUGGCUCGGAAGUCUGCACAGACAGCUCAGUUAGUUCUUGGGUGGUAGAUUAUGAACAAAAAUAUGGGUUAUUAGAAGCCUGUAUGGGUAGUUCUGGUUUUUGGGUGGCAGAUUGUGGACAAGAAUAUGGGUUGAAAGUCCACACGGGUAGUUCGGUUGGUUCACCGGUGACAGAAUGUGGACAAGAAUAUGAGUUAGAAGUCUGCGCGGAUAACUCAGUUGGUUAUUGGGCGACAGAUCGUUGGAAAGACCAGUCCCACGACUACUCCAACGAUGUGGACAUUCAAGAAUGUCUCCAACUAGAGACAGACAUCAUGGACCUCGAUUUCAUCGAUGAAGAUGCUGUCUUUUCCCAGAACAGCAGGGAGCAAGAAACGGCAGUAACUCCAACGGGAGAGGCCGGCGCCUGUGGCUUCUUAACCCCAGAAAAUUGCAGCUCCCAUCUCAGAACCAUCCAGGAAGAAGGGCUCAUGGAGGAAACCAAAACCAGCCUGAUUGAUCUUCUUCUCAUGGGAGCCCAGGCGGUCCAGGCCGGGAACAGAGAUCUAGCGUCAAUCAUAGUCCUCAAGCUCAAUAAUCUACACCUUUCUGGCGAAGAAGAAGAAUCUGGGCAUCUUGAAAGACUAUCACUUUACUUCACUCAAGGAUUGGUCUUCAAAACCAUGAAUUAUGGGGAGCAGAAAUGGCAGGAGGGAUCAAUGUCGGCUUUCCAGAUGCUUCAAGAAAUCUCCCCCUACAUAAAAUUCGCGCAUUUCACCGCGAACCAGGCCAUUCUCGAAGCCACCCAGAACCAGAAAGAGGUUCAUAUAAUCGAUUUCGACAUCAUGGAAGGGAUCCAAUGGCCGCCAUUAAUGGCGGAGUUAGCAGACAGGGAAAACGCGUCUCUCAGAAUCACCGCCAUGGUUGCAGAGACCCAAAGCUGGGCUCAUACUCAACAAACAGGGAAGAGGCUACACGAAUUCGCAAACUCCAUUAAUCUUUCCUUCGCAUUUGACCAGAUUCUUCUAACCAAAGAACAAGAUCUUGAGCAAAUUCAGAGCCUGGGUAAUCACCCAAUAGCCAAUUUAAUGAUCCACCAGCUUCACAUGCCACACAGAGAGAACCCACUAAUCAAGAUUUUCCUAAACGGGCUCAGAAACCCGCAGAUGAUAAUCAUGGUGGAGGAAGAGCUCUUUAAAAUCUCCAGAACCCCAUCCAUGUCGUUCGUGGAGUUCUUCAGGGAAGCCAUCCACCAUUACACCUCCCUAUCCGAUUCUCUGCAGGGAGGGUUCUGCGGGGGGUAUAAAUUGGCGCAAAGGGUCAUAGAAAAAGAGUUCCUAGGGCCCAGAAUCAUGGACAGUGUAAGCAAAUUCCCAUCUGGGAAAAGAGAGAGACAAACAUGGAGUCAAGGGGUGUACUCCCUGAAAGGAUUCAAGCCAGUUCCUAUGAGUUCUUGCAAUGUCAGCCAGGCUAAGUAUCUCGUGAGCCUCUUCAAUGGAGGUUUUUGGGUCCAGCAUGAACACUGCAGGCUUGCCCUGUGCUGGAAAUCUCGGCCGUUGAUCACUGCCUCCAUUUGGGUUCCCACCACAUCAUCAAUUAGUCACAGUAGUCUUUCAAGGUCAACUUCUUUUGAUUGAUUUUUCAUGUCAGCAUUUAGCAUUUACCAGUUAUCAUUACGUCAAAAGUUAUAGUUAGUAAAUUUGAAGGUCAUGUUUCUAUAGUAUGAUGCUGGAGUUGGUUCUUUGAGUUACUGUCCAACAUUAUGGUAUUGGGUAUUUGGGUUUAGGUUAGCAGGGGUUAUGUGUAAAUAUGGGGAUUUCUUUGUAGGGUUGAUGAAAUUUUGGGGAGUCUUGAAAGUGAUUGUAUUUGUAAAAUAGCAUUUACUAUAUACAUAUAUUUUUAUUUAUCUUGGGAAUGCAA